CGAAGCCAACCGCAGCAACGGUGCAACAAAUAUUAUAUUAAAAACAAUAUUUUUUUUAACUUUUAAAAAUCAAAAAAAUGGCAUUCAAGUUCUUCUUCUGUUUGGCUGCUGUGGUAAUUGCCUGCGCUCAUGCCAAGCCCGGCGGACCUGCUGCCUACUCAAUUAGUGCCCCAAGUGUGGAUCAUGCCUCAGUAGGCAAUACACAGGAACAUACCGUAAAGGGACACUAUGGCCAAUCAUCGCAAUCGGACUAUGCCAGCCAGGUGCAAACGGCGCACUCGCAAUCCCAUGUGCAACGCUCCAGCAUUAGCAAUGAUGCCGGCCUAGCUCCCGCUCACUAUGCUGCUGCUCCUGCUGCGCACGCCGUCGCUAUUGGACACACUGCGCCCGCUGUGGGCUAUGGACUGAGUCACGGUUUAGCCUAUGGUGCGCACUAUUCAGCGCCUGCUUUAUCUUUCGGCGGCCAUUAUGCUACCGCUGCCGCGGCUACACCUAGCUAUACGUAUGGCGGCCACUAUGCCGCCACUGCGCCUGCCUUGCAAUACGCUGGCGGCUCACAUUUGGGCUUGGGCUAUGGAUACAGCGCUGCUGCACCAGUUUAUUCGCAUGGCUAUUUGGCCGCUGCUGCUGCGCCCGCGCCAUUGCUAAAGUAUGCCGCCGCUGCUGCUGCUCCGUCUUAUGCACCCGGCAUUAUUGGACAUGGCUAUGGAUUGGCUGCACCGGCUGCAGCUUAUGCCGCACCUGCUUACACCACACAUCUCGCCGCCGCUCCCGUGUUGAAGUCUGCUGUGGCUGCCCCCGCUUUGGUGCAUACAUCGGUCUCCGGUCAUGGGAUUCACUACGGUUACUAGUAAAUUACGAA